AUGAUUCACUUCCAGAUCAUCCUCGUUGCCCUCGCCGCUGCCGUAGCCACUGCUCUUCCGCAAACCGCUCCUCCGUCUGAUGGUGCCCCCGCUAGCAUGCCUGAGAUCCCGCAGUGCGUGAUCGACUGCAUCAUCCCGGCCGUCAAGGAGACCGGCUGCAAGAUCGGAGACGGCCCCGAGUGCCUCUGCAAGAACGAGACGUUCACCAGCAGCGUGCUGGCGUGUGUCACCGCCGGGUGCGAGGACCCAUCCAUCGUCGCCACCUUCACCGAGAUGUCCGGCAAGGGAUGCGAGCAGUACGGAGGUGGUGUGCCCACCGGGUACUAA